ACGUGCGUGCGUGGGCGCGGUCUAUAGCACGCCCGGCGUGGGACGGAUGUCCGGGCCGGCUGGGCCGGGGCCGCGGACGAGAUGGCGGAAGGUGGAGGAUGUGGUGAGCGACCGGAUGCGGAGACUCAAAAGUCCGAGCUUGGAGCCUUAAUGAGGACCACACUCCAACGCGGGGCGCAGUGGUAUCUUAUUGACAGCCGGUGGUUUAAGCAGUGGAAGAAGUAUGUGGGCUUUGACAGCUGGGACAUGUACAGUAUGGGUCAACAUAACGUAUUUCCUGGCCCAAUUGACAACUCUGGGCUCUUUUCAGAUCCUGAGAGUCAGACCUUGAAAGAACACUUAAUUGAUGAAUUGGACUAUGUAUUGGUCCCCACCGAGGCCUGGAAUAAAUUACUAAACUGGUACGGCUGUGUAGAAGGCCAGCAGCCCAUCGUCAGAACAGUCGUGGAGCAUGGCCUGUUUGUCAAGCACUGCAAAGUUGAGGUGUAUUUGCUGGAACUGAAGCUGUGUGAAAACAGUGACCCCACAAAUGUGCUGAGUUGCCAUUUCAGCAAGGCAGACACCAUUGCAACCAUUGAGAAAGAGAUGCGGAAACUGUUCAACAUCCCUGCAGAGCGUGAAACACGGCUCUGGAACAAAUACAUGAGCAACACCUACGAGCAGCUGAGCAAGCUGGACAACACUGUCCAGGAUGCUGGGCUAUACCAGGGUCAGGUGCUAGUAAUUGAGCCUCAAAAUGAAGAUGGCACAUGGCCCAGGCAGACCUUGCAGUCAAUCCUAUUACUCAUUGUUGCCUUGGGAGCUUGCUGGGGAAAUUGUUCAGCUACAAAACUGGAACUACAGACACGUCUAUCUCAGGAGAUGUUCAUGUGGCCUUGGACUGUGACCAUUACAUAAUAGUGGGCUUCUAGCUCAUUUGAAAACCGUGAAAACUGUGAACUCUUAAAAGAAGUGUUAGACCCCCUGAAGACCAGUCAUGGACUCCAGUUUAAGAAACCCUGGUUGCCAGUUCCUGACAAGAUGAAUAAAAUAGCAUGGUAAGCAUAACUGUGCUCACUCUCACCCCAAGAUGUCCAUAUUCUAAUUCCCAGCAUCUGGGACUAUGUUGGGUGACAUGGCAAAAGGGAGUUUAUAGAUGGGAUUAAGCACAAUGGUGGGUGCCUGUAGACCCAGCUACCUGACAGGCUAAGGUGGGAGCAUUGUUUGAAUCCAGGAGUUUGAGGCCGCGGUGAGGUAUGAUUCCGCCACUGCACUCCAGCCUGGGUGACAGCAGCAAGAUGUCAUCUCCGUUUAAAAAAAAAAAAAAAAAGGCGGGUGGAUCAUGAGGUCAAGAGAUCGAGACCAUCCUGGCCAACAUGGUGAAACCCCGUCUCUACUAAAAAUACAAAAAAAUUAGCCAGGCAUGGUGGCACAUGCCUGUGGUCCCAGCUACUCGGGAGGCUGAGGCGGAAGAAUCGCUUGAACCCGGGAGGCGGAGGUUGCAGUGAGCCGAGAUUGUGCCGCUGCACUCCAGCCUGGAGACUCCGUCUCAGAAAAGCAAAACUCCAUCUCAAAAAUUAAAAAAAAAAAAAAUUUGUUCACCGGAGAGUAAAGGCAAGCCAUAUAGUGAGAGAAGAUAUUUGUAAUACAUGUCUGACAAGUUGUGUUCAAAAUUUUUUUGAAUUUCCUGAGACAGAGUCUUGCUCUGUUGCCCAGGCUGGAGUGCAAUGGUGCCAUCUCAGCUCACUGUAACCUCUGCCUCUCAAGUUCAAGUGAUUUUGAUGCCUCCGCUACCUGAGUAGCUGGGACUACAGGCACCCACCAUGUCCACCUAAUUUUUGCAUUUUUAGUAGAGAUGGGGUUUUACCAUGUUGGCCAGGCUGGUCUUGAACUCCUGGCCUAUAGUGAUCUGCCUGCUUAAGCCUUCCAGAGGGCUGGGAUUAUAGGCAUGAGCUACCACUCCUGGUCCUAUAUCCAGAGUCUCAAAGAAACUCCUAGUCAAUACUAAAAAGUCAGACAACAACAGUAAAAAAAAGAGGCAGAAAAUUUAGAAUUAUAUGUGCAUUCUGCUACUCAACAAUCCUCUUGCUAGGCAUUUAACUAAUAGAAAUAUAUCCCAUGUUCUCUUAAAUACAUAUUUUAGGAUGUUUGUGCUAGCACUGCUUGUCAUAGUCACAAACGAGCUAACCCAAAUGUCUGUGGAAAGUAGAUGGAUAAACUACAGUAAGUGUAUGCACACAUGAAAUUCUGUAUAGCUGUGCACAAUAGUGAUGAGUCUUAUGAAAAUGGUGAAUGAAGGAAGGUUGACACAAAGCAUGGCAUAAUGAUUCUGUUGAAAUAAAGCUUUAUAACAGGAAAAAUUAACCUUGGGGACUCCAGGUCAGGACUGGUUAGUGUUGGAAAGAAUUGUGACUGAAGUGUGAGGAGGACACCUAUGGGCCUGGGGCUUGUCCUCUUUCUUGGUUGGGGUACUGGUUACAUGGAUGUAUCACUUGGUGUAAAUUUCUUGAUUUAUUCACUCAUGAAAAAAUGGAGCCUCAGUCUGUCACCCAGGCUGGAGUACAGUGGCAUUAUCUUGGCUCACUGUAACCUCCGUUUCCUGGGUCCAAGCAAUUCUUGUGCCUCAGCCUCCCGAGUAGCUGGGAUUACAGGUUGCAUGCCACUCAUGCGUAGCCAAUUUUUGUAUUUUUAGUAGAGACCAGGUUUUGCCACGUUGGCCAGGCUGGUCUCAAACUCCUAGCCUCAAGUGAUCUGCCUGCUUCAGCCUCCCAAUGUGCUGGGAUUAUAGUCAUGAGCCACUGUGCCUGGCCACUAUGCAUUCAUGAGUUAUGUAUGUCUCUAUGUAAUACUUCAAUUAAAAGUUUAAUAAUAGGCAGGGUGCAGUGUCUAAUAUGGUGAAACCCCGUCAACAAUAAAAAAAAAAAAAUCAGCCGGGCAUAGUGGCUCACACCUGUAAUUCCAGCACUUUGGGAGGUCAAGGUGGGCGGAUAAUAAGGUCAACCACCAUCUUGGUCAACAUGGUGAAACCCCAUCUCUACUAAAAUAUAAAAAUUAGCUGGCGGCGGUGGUGGUGUGUGCCUGUAGUCCCAGCUAUUUGGGAGGCUGAGGCAGGAGAAUCGCUUGAACCUGGGAGGCGGAGAUUGCAGUGAGCCAAGAUCACACCACUGCACUCCCACCUGGUAAGAGAGCAAGACAAUGUCUCACAAAAAAAGUUUAAUAAUAAUAGGGUUUAAUAAUAGUAGGCCAGGUGCAUGAAAUCCCAUCUCUAUUAAAAAACAGAAGAAAAUUAGGUGCAGUGGCAUAAACCUGUAAUGCUAGCUCCUGGGGAGGCUGAAGCAUGAGAAUGGUGGUAGGGAUUGCAGUGAUCCUGGGUCAUGCCAGUGCACUCCAACCUGGGUAAUAGAGUGAGACUGUCUCAGGAAAAAAAUAAAAGUACAACAACAAUAAUAAUAAGCUUUAAGAAAGCAACUAAUAUCUGUAAUAUUCCAGGGGUAAAUUCUGGGUAAUGCCAACAUAGGUGUGAGGGGCAGGAGCUAGUAUAGAGCAGACCAGAGGAGAGAGAGAUGAGAAUGUCCUGAACUGCUAUUCUUGGGGUUGAAAAAGGUGAACAGUUGUAAGUUUAAGUAAUUUAUGGGGAAAAAUAAAAAUAGAGAUCCUAAUAAGGUAAUAGAACAACUAAUAGAAAUGGAAAGUUGAAUGUAUAACUUUGAAACAUGCUGUGUCAGGAAAGACUUGCUGGCAAAUGAGAAAAACCUGCAAAUUAGCAUGUUAAGCAAGAUGGAGGCUUACAUCUUUCUGAAAAUAAUUUUUGAUGUAGGCAGUCAAUUCAUUGCUGAUAAAUAAUAAUUCUCCAUAGCAUUAUUAGAAACCCAGCUGUUUUGUCUUUUUGCUUUACUGUGUGUGACCACAUUCUACUUCAAAGGUGGUCACUUCUGGCCCAGGUGACUGCUAGAACUGCAGUAAUUAGACCUGCAUUCCAGUAGUGGGGAGAGGAAAGAGGGAAGGAGGGCCUACCCCUUCCUUUUUAGGACAUUUCUCAGAAAUCAUACAUCAAAUCUUCCUUUACAUUUCAGUGGCCAAUCAUAUGACAAUACCUGGCUUCCAGGGAGCCUGGGAUGUACCGUAUAGCAGGACUGCAUCAUGUCCAGCUAAAAAUUUGAGUUCUCAAACUAAGGAAGGAGAGGAAAAUAGGUAUCAGGAGGUGAUUAGCAAACUGCCACACUUGCAAAAGGAAAGUUAAUGGAAGGCAAGAAUGAAGGGGGAUAAAAACCUAAGAAGUAUGGUAAUUAGAAAACAUGUUAGUACAUGUGGAAAAAGUGGGGAGGGGAAAAGAAAACCUGAAAUAAGGAGACUGAAUUAAAUUCAGUUAAGUCUGAUAACAGUAUUAGAAUCACCGUAGAUGAGUUAAAUUUACCAACCUAAAGAGACUCUCAGAUCAGACUUUAAAAGACAAACUAUGCCAGGGAUACAGUGGUGUGUGUCUAUAGUCCUAGCUACUUAGAACGCUGAGGAAGGAGGCUCGCUUGAGCCCAGGAGUUUGAAGUUACUGUGAGCCAUGAUUGCAUCAUUGCACUCCAGCCUCGGCAACAGAGUGAGACCCUGUCUUGGGGAAAAAAAAGUCAGGCGUGGUGGCUCACAUCUGUUAUCCCAGCAUUUUGGAAAGCUGAGGUGGGAGUAUUGCUUUAGGAUAGCAAUUUAAGACCAGCCUGAUCAACAUAGCAAAACUCCUGUCUCUACAAAACAUUUUUUUAAAUUAGAUGGGCAUGGUAGCUUGUGCCUGCAGUUCCAGCUACUUGGGAGGCUGAGAUGGGACAUCCCUUGAGCACAGGAGUUUGAGGCUGCAGUGAGCUGUAAUUGUGCCACUACACUAGGUGACAGAGCAAGAGCUCGUCUCAAAAAAAAAAAAAAAAAAAAGCCCGGCACAGUGGCUCAUGCCUAUAAUCCCAGCACUUUGGGAGGCUGAGGCAGAAGUUCGAGACCAGCCUGGCCAACAUAGUGAAACCCUGUCUCUACUAAAAAUAAAAAAAAUUAGCCGGGUGUGGUGGCACAUGCCUGUAAUCCCAGCUACCCAGGAGCCUUAGGCAGGAGAAUUGCUUGAACCCAGGAGGCAGAAGUUGCAGCGAGCUUGCAGUGAGCUGAGACUAUGCCACUGCACUUCAGUCUGUGCAAUAAGAGUGAAACUCUGUCUCAAAAAAAAU